AUGGAAGGACAAUCAAAUUAUUUUUUAGAUUGCGCAAAAUAUCAAUUUCGUAAAAUAAAAUUAUUACCUUUAUUAAUCGCUAUAUUUGUAAUAUUUUUAUUUGCUAUACCUUAUUAUACCAAAUAUAAUGAAAAUGAUAAUCCUCCUUUGGUAGACCUUGAAGGUAAUGCUCCACCUCUCUCUGAUGAUGAUGAUAAUAUACAAAAUUCAAAAUGUCCAAAUUAUAAAAUGGUGUUAUUUAUUUCUUCGGAAAUGGAAAAUAUUGAAAAACGUAUGUUAAUGAGGGAAGAAUUAUUUGGUAUAACUGAUAAUUUGGUUCCUUGUAUGAAACAAGAUACUUCAAAAAUUUUUUAUAAAUUUUUGAUCAAGAAAAAAAAACCUCUUGAUGAUGAAGCUUUUAGAAACUUUUUAUCUGAAAAAAUGGAAUAUAAUGAUAUAGAAGAAAUUACUCCUAAAGUUGGUGAAGAUUGGGAACAAUUGAUGCUCAAAUAUGCCCAAUUAUUACAAGAAUCAUGUAUAACAUUCGAUCAUUUAAUAUUGAUCGAUGUUUACACUAUGAUAAAUCUCGAAAAACUUCAAGAUAAAAUUUCUUCUUUGUCAAUUGCCAAUCAAACAAUUUCAAAUACGAAUAAGAUGGUAUGGGGAUCAUUCAACACUAAUUUAACAGAUAAUAUGGCAACUAUAUUAGGAUCAUCUGCCAUAAAACCAAUUCUUAAUCAUUCAAAUCAUCCUUCAAAGAAUUAUACUAGUAUUAUAUCAAGAUUUUAUUAUCAUCAUUUAAAUCAUCCAAAUGAAAAAAUUCCUGAUGAUUUGAUCUUAAUUAAUGAUCCAUUAAGUAUAGUAGAAUGGCCAAAUUCUAUCAAAAGUAUUCCUUGCGUAGAUUGUAUUAUAGCUAUAGGUCAUAUUUAUCAAGAUUGGGAAGUUAGAAAGAUUAAAGAUAAACUUAAGAUUUCAACGAUUAUUCCUUGUAAAGUUCGUUCAGAUAUUGAAAUGUAUUCAAAGAAUACAAGUAAAUUAAGAUCAAAUAUAGUUGUAAUGACAAGUAGUUUCUUAUAUAGUGACAAUUGUAUGUUAGAAGCUGCUCCUCUUUCUGCACAAAAUAAACGUGAUUAUGCCGAAAAACAUGGUUACGCUUUCGUGUCUCGUUCAACAGAAUUUGUUCAACAAUUAUUAAGAAAGAGAAAAGAAGUUUGGGGUAAAAUUGAUGCAGUAGAAAAAGUUUUACCUUAUUAUGAAUGGUUAAUUUGGUUAGAUAUGGACGCUAUUUUUGUUAAUAGAACUCUUUCUAUUGAAGAUUUAUUAAAAAUGAGUGAAGAAAAAGUUGGAGGAAAAAAAGAAUUUGAAAAAAUUAAUUUUAUUGUCGCAAGACCUAUUGGUGAUGAUAUGAUUAAUGCUGGCGUAUUCUUAAUCAGGAAUAGUGAUUGGGCUAGAGACUUUAUUAGGAAUGGUAUACAAGCAAGAAGGGAUCGUGCUUAUCGUGGUAUGAAAGAACAACAAGCUAUGCGUGAUGCUAUUAAACAACCAAAUUGGAAACCAAAUGUUUUAUAUUUGAAUGGAGAUGAUCAUACGAUAAAUACUUUCCCUGAUAGGUACGUUCGAGGUGAUUAUAUCGUACAUUAUGCUCCUGAAGAAGGUUGUCCUGCUGACCCCGUACUUGGUGGUCUAAAAAAGGUUGCAAUGUUGGAAGAAUCUCCUGAUGAUGAAAUAAUUUUACCAUUUUAA